AUGACUUCAAAUUACCGGUCUUAUGGUCAAAAUGAAACUCUUAUUUCAUCCAUUCGUAAUAUCAUAAAGGAUUAUCCCUUUGAAAGCAUAUUCAAAGAAUUCCUUCAGAAUGCCGAUGAUGCUGGUGCUAAAAGGGUUCACAUAAUCGUUGAUGGUCGCUCACACUCUACCAAUUCUUUACUUUGUGAUGGGAUGAAGGAAUGGCAAGGACCUGCCAUUUUGAUAUUCAACGAUGCAAUAUUCAAAGAAUCUGAUUUCGAUUCUCUCAUGCGGAUACGUGUCGGUGGAAAGCAAGAUGAUGAUACAAAAAUUGGAAAGCAUGGAUUAGGUUUCAAUUCGUGUUACCACUUUACAGAUGUUCCUAGUUUCAUCAGCGGUGAUUCCAUUGCAUUUAUGGAUCCUCAGGAAAAAUUCCUACCAGAGAGAAAUAACCUCCCUCAACGUGGUAUCAUUGGACCUUUUCCCAAAAAUGGCAUUCGUGAUUUUUCUGAAAGAGAUCAAUUUGUUCCAUACGAAGGCAUCGAAGGCAUUGAUUUUCGAUCAACUUUUAAUGGAACACUCUUCCGAAUACCACUUAGGCAACGACCGAGUGAAAUAUCAGAUAGAAUCUUUUCUGUAAAGGAAGUUCUUGAACUAUUUAUAAAAAUCAAAUCAAAUGUCACUUCCCAGUUUUUAUUUUUACGGAAUAUUGAAAAAAUUGAAGUGUCACAAGUUUCAUGUAUAUCCAAUGCCACAUCUUUUUUUCAAAUAGAUUCCCUCUGGAAAGCAACUGUAAAUGGAUUGGAUGAAGACAUGCAAAGUAAAAGAAAACAUAUUGUGAAUGGAGAUGUUCGAAUUUUUCAGAUGGAAAUUGAACUGAUUGAUAAUAUGAACAACGUACAAAAUGAUCAAUGGAUUAUUGCAACUGGUGCUCAACCUGACCCUGAUGAUUCUGAAUUACAAAAAUAUGCAAAACGAUAUCGAUUACGUGUGUUGGGGGGCGUCGCUGCUUUACUUAAAAGCAAAAAGUAUAAUAAAAGCAGAAUUCAGAAUGACCCUAAAGAAGGAACAUCGAAUAAACGUCUAAGACUUAGUAAAAAAAUAUCCACAACUAAAUCACAUACUCAUCUACUUCAACAACAAAAUUUGCCGGCUUCAGGAAUUGGAAAUCUGAAUAUCCCUAAUCUCCCUAAUUUCCAAGAAAAUGAAAAGCUGAGUGACUUUAAAGGAAGAUUGUUUUCAACCUUUCCACUUCCUGACACCACAUGUUUGCCUGUUCACCUUAAUGGAACCUGGGCUCAAGGUUCAGAUCGGGCAAGAUUAUUGAUUGAAAAAGAUAACGAUUUGCCAGAUAUGGAUCAUCAGAAACUCAAUUGGAAUAGACAUAUCUUACUUGAAUUCCUUCCCGAUCUUCAUUGCAAACUCUUGGAAGAAAUCAUUAAAUUGCAAAAUUAUAAAAAAAUUGAUUUCAAAAACUGUAUUUCAAAGUUUUGGCCAUUUCCACUUUCUACACAUAACUAUCCAAAGUACGUAUUUAGCUAUGGAACGAAAAAGGAACCUCUCAAAUUAAUGAUCCGCAAAUUACCUAUUUGGCCAGUACGAUGGAAUCCCUCAAUGGAAAAUUGCUUGUUGAGUUAUGCCCCAGUUUCAAUUGGGUACGUUUUACCCAAGGAUUUUCAAAUGUAUCGAACAAAGAGUGAGAAAAUUUUUUUAAGAACUGAUGAUCAUGUAGACAAUAAAAUUUUGAAAGAUCUUGACGUUACCCAGUAUGAAAUUCAUGAUUACGCUUUUAAUGAUGUUGAAUUACCUGAAAAAAGUGAUCCCAACUAUGUGAACUUUCUGGAUUCCGUUCUAAAUAAUGCAACUUCUGAUUAUGGAUGUAAAAUCACUAAAGAUUUAAAGAAAUUAAAAUUUCCUAAUGCAUUUACAGAUGACCUGUUGCCGAUUUCUGAUCUGUUCAAUUAUAAUAAUAUCGUUUUUCGAACUGUAUUCGGAGGAAAUUCAAAUGUUUUUCUUCACUUUAAUCUUAUAAAACAUAAAAACAAAUUAUCAAAUAUUGGAUUUAAUGACGAAUUGGAGUCGGAGGCAUUUGAUAGAUGUGCUUUGAAAAUCGAAGAAUUGCAAGAGAUGGGCAGCCCACCAUCAGAUAUACGCCAUCGUGGGUUCAUAUUGGUCGAUUAUUUUUAUAAAGAUGUGAUGGGUUAUUUUUAUAAAGAAAUUGAUAGGAUUCCAUUCGUUCCAAUUACUAAAUGUUUGGACAAACCUUACGAUAAGUAUUAUAAUCAGCCUCAAUUUUUGGAUUGCUUUAACAAUAUAAUCCAUCCUCAAUAUAAAGGUGUAGCAUGGAGUCAAAAGGCUUUAAUCGCGGAAGAUGUCAUACCACCUCCGGAUGUACUUGAAAUAUACCCAUCACUUGGUAAACCAAGUGAUGUCACGGUAAUCAAGCACCUUAAAUUCCUGCGCAAUAAACUUAUCGAUGAUGACGAAUGGAGAAAUGAUUGGAAAGAAACAUUCGUGUCUAACGUUUUUGAGGUUUAUGAUUGGCUUGAAGAAAAAUGUUCAAAUGAAAAUUUGAGGUUGAAUGAAUACAUUAAAGCACAUGAACCAUUAUUCCUUAAUCUUGGUAAAAGUCAAAAUCCAUUCGAUACUGACAACUGGGUUUCUGCAAGCAAUUUGAUUUUGAAUGCUGAACCAGGUGAGGAUAAAUAUAUAAAUCCUCGCCUGGCAAAAUCUUAUGCAAUGCUAAAAAGUGCUGGCGUCAAAGAAAUAAAAGCACCAAGUGUCAAAAUACAAGUUAGAGAACAUGAUCAGUCAAGCAUUAACAAAAAAGUCCUUCUGGAAAAUUUAUCUAAUCAGGUUAACUCUUUGCAUGACGUUGUUUUUAAUGUAAAUGGUGAGAAUAUAUGGGCGAGUCGAAGUGUGCUUGCCGCAAGCUCUAAAUUUUUUCAUCAGAAAUUCACACCAGGAGGAGAAUAUGUAAACUCUAACCCAGUUACAAUAGAUGUUAAUGAUGUUAGUCCUACCUCAGUACGUAUUUUGUUGCAUUACUUAUAUGGCCAAAAUAUCGAUAAUGCAAUUUGGAGUUAUCAUCAGAACACAACAGAUCAAACAUUGAAUUUCGAAACAUACGAAGAACUACUUUUAUUGGCAAAUGAAUAUAAAUUGGAUCAUUUAAAAGAACUCAUGGAAUUAAAGCUCUCUCGAAUGGUCAACAGAUCAAACGUGAAUGAUAUAAAAGAUUUAGCAGAAGAUUUAAAUGCAAGCCAACUCAAAGUUUAUUGUGACAGUUACAUUGAUGAAAAUAUGUGA